AGCGAGGAUUGCGAUGAAUCAAAGGUUCAAGGCUGAUAACCAUCUCCGUGAUAGAGCGAGCUUAUUGGGUCCUUCUGCCCAUCAACAACGCUCAGACUCUCCAUUCUAUGAUCAUACACGGGCUACACAAGAUAUGGAAAACCAGAACGACGAACAUCUCGACGGUUUGAGCAGCAAAGUCAGGCUUUUGAAGGAUAUUACAUUGAGUAUCGGCCAGGAAGCCAGAGACUCAGCUAUCGAGAUGGGUAGUAUGAACGAUUCGUUUGAAUCUACAGGUAGUCUCCUCUCCGGCACGAUGUCGAGACUGAAGCACAUGUCAAAGAAGCAAGGCGGGAGGUGCUACAUCUACACUAUCUUCUUUCUCAUCAUUUUCUGGGUAUUUAUUAUUACCUGGUUCAUCAGACGGUGAUAAGGAUAAGAUGUAAAAGAAAAUACCCUGUAAUUUAUUAAUCUAUACAAUUAUAAAA